AUGAUUGAACUAUGUGUGAAGGCCCCUGUGAAGGACCCUCCCAAGAGUAACCCCAGCAAGCGCCACCGUGAGCGACUCAACUCGGAACUCGACCACCUGGCGAGCAUGUUGCCGUUUGAGCAGAGUGUCAUCUCCAAGCUGGACAAACUUUCCAUCCUCCGCCUCGCGGUCAGCUACCUCAGAACCAAAACAUAUUUCCAAGCUGUUUUGCCAAAUCGUUACCUGGGAAUGGAAGGUCAUAUUUUGGGUCGGUCUCAUCUCUUCACUGAACCUGGCUUCUCAGAAGGGGAGAGCAUUCUACAGGCAUUGUAUGGUUUUCUGUUUGUGGUGACAUGCGAAGGAGAAGUUUUCUUUGCUUCCAGAACGGUGGAACAAUACCUUGGUUUUCAUCAGUCUGACAUCAUUCACCAAAGUGUAAUGGAGCUGAUUCAUUCUGAAGACCGGGAUGAGUUCAAACGUCAGCUCACGUGGAACUCAAGCCUACCACCGGAAAAGUCUACACUCUCACUUCACGAAAUCAUGCUGCCUGAAAAUCAUCAAUAUCUUCAUCGAUCUUUUACUGUGAGGUUCCGUUGUCUUCUGGAUAAUACAUCUGGUUUCAUUACUUUAGAGAUAAAUGGCUGGAUCCGUGUUCUACAUGGUUCAAACAGCAGAGUUGAUGAACUUCAACUUGGUCUGUUUGCCACAUGCUGUCCGUUUGGUCCCCUGUCACUGUUUGACAUUCCCUCUCGGGAACUGACCUUCAAGAGCAAGCACAAGAUGGACUUCUCGCCCAUCACCAUGGACAACAAGGGGAAGAUCAUGUUUGGCUAUGCAGACCAUGAACUGGCAGCCAAGUCUGGCUAUGACUUGAUCCACCCUGAUGAUCUGACCUACUUCUCAGCAGCACACCAGGAAUUGAUUAAGACUGGUAGUUCUGGUUUGAUUGCGUACCGCUGGAUGAUGAAGAUGUGUGGAUGGAUGUGGCUACAGUCGAGCUGUAAGGUGAUCUACAAAAACAGCAAGCCCGACUUCAUCAUCUGCACACACAGACAGCUGACUGAUGAUGAAGGUCAAGACUUGUUCACUAAACGAGGCAAUGAGUUCAAGUUGCCCUACCCACUCCUCGACAUAGACUUGUGUGCAGGGUUUGGGUUUGCCGAUGAAGAACUUAACUCUAAGACAAAAUCAAAAAGCAAGAAAAAAUCUCAAGGACGUGAGUUUUCUCAGAACAACAGGAAAAGGAAAGGUGCUUGUUUGUUGAAUGGGUUUAACAACAACUACCCAUACCCAUACGAUACAGGGGAGUUCAAGACGGACAUUGUUUACCCCUACGGCAGCAAUAACUUUGGAUUUGACACAGACAUAUACAGAUCUCAUGGUUACGGACCUUUAACAGGAUCUGUUUACCCAUCCACAGACUCAUAUCGUCUAGAGGCUGAGAAGCAUGGACUCUCUAACGGUUAUUACCUUGACCACAGGCAGUAUCAGCCAUCUCUUCCAUAUCCAACAAACGGGUAUGCAGACAUCAUGACAACUGCUCCAAAGUAUGGGUAUGACAUUCCCAAAUAUGGAUAUGACACAUACAGUAUAGAUCUCACGAAGAAAGGUUUAUGUGGUGAGGACUUGUCUCAUUAUGAAAAUGACUCUCGUAAGUAUGGGUAUGAUAUUCACCCACAUGAGAGGUUCCCUGCGAGGUUUAAUGGCUCCCUGGAGCCUGUGGAUCUUCGAUCUGCAGCUGUGUACAACACAAACAAUUUCAUGAACCCCAUCGAGGGGUCAGUGGCCCCGCAGUGUAUAGCGUCACCAGCUUUCUUCAGGACUGUCCAUAACCAGAAUCUGUAUCCAAGAGACCCCAAGCUAGACAAAGCAUCGUCCCCCGAUUCUCAGGAUCUCCUUCCCUCCAUCCCUCUCAGUCACAGCUCAGUGAUCAAGUCUGUGCCCAGCCGCGACUCCGGUCAGUCCGGUAUGAACAAUAAUCUGAACUCUUCUGUGUUGUCCAGCAUGAACAGUGAGCAGAGUAAGAAUUCAGAUGUGAACUGUUCCUCAUGGACAAUGUGUGCUAAAGGACAGCAGAUGUAUAAUAAUGGUGGUAGCUCAGGGUCAGGUUCAGACCGAGGCACAAGCCCUGCUCAUUCGGACUUAAGCAGCAACGAAAUGCAUUCAGGAGGUGGCGGUGGUGGAUCUCUAUCGAGAUCAAGUCCAAAAGUUGCAGGAGCUCCAGCAUCUGUCAUUCACAUGGUACGGUCAUGUGACAAGCAGUCUGUAAUCAGCAGUAUUCCUGUUCCUGUAGUGAAGCCAGCAUCGUGGCCACACCAUUACAACAACAACAACAACAAUAACACAAUGUAUGACAAGGACUGGUCGAUGACUGUUGCAGAUGCUUACACCUGCGGUACAAAGUCACAACGAGGAGCCAUCAUUGAUCCCAUGAACCACCCCAAGCACAUGGGCCUAAAGACACUUGGUAACUGUGGUGACAACCCACUCCUGAGUUUCUCAGAAAUGACACACACGCUCCUCAGCAGCAGCCACUGACACUUCCUCUGUUAACACUUAGCAUUACACACUUAACACUGUUCACAGGGUGUGCAUUCGUUCUCCUGGAGGUUACUAGUCCUCUAGGGUUCUCUUCACAGCUCCACUAGCAGUCGGCUUCCCUUGUGUGAUGGAGACUCUUCAGGACAGAGUCACGGUUAUCCACCCGAUAAACUCAGGUUGUGCUGGUUAUGGCUUCUCUCUAUUUAUUUUACUGUUGACACAUUAUGGUUUUUUCACAGUUAAUAUUUCAGAGAAAGAAGCCUUGCCCAACAUUCUAGACAAAGUAUCAUAAUUACCUUGUUUUUGACAUCACAUAGCCACUGUUUAUUCAGUGUGCUGAGGUGCCACUAAAUAAAGAUUCAUUUACUUGGAGACAUCAGUAUAAACUGGUGGUCAUUUGAUUCAUCUACUGAAUAAAAAUACAGUGGGGAAAUCACAACACAGAGAAAGAAUCAUUCAUCUAGUGCUUAUUGUUCUGUAGAAAAAGCAAUUCCAGAAAUGUUUUGUUUAUUUAAUUAGAAUGGGUUUUUUAUUGGUUUUGUUUUAAAGAUUCAUACCAGCCAAUAACACGAUCUAAAAAUUAAUGUUAAUGUGAAAAAUCAACAUGAGCCAAUGAUAGCUUGGUUUAUAUGUGUACAUUAAAGUUAUUGGGGAUAAGGUCCAAAGCAACCAAUGAUAGCUUUGGUUGUGUUAUUCGAAUGUCUUCUGAUAUAUCAUCAGCCAAUGACAGCGAAGUUAAUAUCUACUAAUAGCAAAGUUCCAAUGGAUAAAUUCAUGUCAGUUCAUUUGCUUUGUGGUGGCAAAUAUACUUCAUAUUACUUUUUUUUUUUAAAUCCAUGCAGCAUAUCUGGUCCAUUUUAAUCUUUAUGUGGGACACGUUUUGUUCUGUAGCAACCACACACAGACCGUUUUAUUGGUUAAUAUAGUUUCUACACUCAUUAAUGUACAGCAGUUUCGGUUUUGAUUGUAGUCGGGUCUGUAAUUCAUAAAAUAUGUAUACAUGUGUACAUGUAUCAUUCUAUAAUUUUAGCCUAUUUAUACAAGGCCUUUCUAAGCCUAAAAUAACUAAAGGGGACUCGUAAACAUCAGCAGAAGGUGCUGGCUAGGUUCUGUUUUGUGCCAUUCUAAUCUAUAACUUGUCAUGCAUAAAGUAGAUCACACAUUUGCUGUCUGUAUAUACACAGACAAAUGAUUUGUUGUUCAACAUUAUAAGAUUUGAGUUAAUGUUAUUUAUUUUGCUGUAUUUAAUGAUACAAAAAUGCUUGACUAUGUAGCCAUUGUAAUAUGAUUCAGGCUAAUAGAGUCCUUUUAACAUUUAAUAUUACAUGUUAUUAAUAUUUGUUUCCUCAGAAUAGCAAUAUGUCUGUAUAUUCCAUAUGUUUCUGGUGGUACCAAUGAUUGUAGAAGCUCAAACUGGAUUAUGCUUCCAAAUAAGUUCUGUACAUAUUAAAAUAAAUAGUAUAGGUUAAUAGCGAGUUACUACGAACAUUGGAAUGACUGGAAAAUGUUAAGAAAAACUGUGUUAAUCUGAAAAACAAUGCAAUGGCUGCAAAGUCAAAAACGUCACUUUAAGAAAGCAUUCGAGUUGUUACCAAGACAGUGCUUGUCAAUUUAAACGAAAACAUCUUACAGACAAACGAACGGUAAAACACGAAACAAAAUCAAGCGUUUAUAGCAUUUUGGAAAAUUAGAAUAUUUUUAUUAUAAUAAUUACUAAUUAUUAUUUCUGUUUGUUUCCGUGAAUCACUUCAUUGAAAUACAAUAUAUUUAAUAUAUAUUUGUUACCAGUCAAUUCAAACUGACAUGUAUGACAUUUACCACCAUUAUGAUGCAGGAGGUUUUUUUUUAUUUUACGCAUGUUAAAAUGAUGUAAUCAAAUAUUAUUUUUAACCAUAUUCAUCGUAUCCAUGAGCAUUACCAUUCAGGAAUUCUUGAAAGGACUUCGUUUUUAUGAUGGACUAGUUAAAUUUAAUUUAGAGCUAACCUUUUUUUCAAGGAAAAUAACUUUUAAGAAAAGAAGAUAAGAAUUCGCAAAACUCCUCUUCCCCCGGCUAAGUGACGCGCUCGGGAUCAAUAUCAGGUCUGUGCCUGUUGCCCUUUUUGGUUUUCUUGUUCAAGGCCACUGGCCAUCUUACCUCCCACAGAUCAUGGCUCCGUAUCGAUGAUAUGCUACCCAUUUGUUCCCGCAGAGAAGGCGACUCGCAACAGUUGAUCCCAUAGAACUAUAGGCUCUGUCCGAAUGGUCUUCAUAUAUAAAGGAUCAUUUUACACUAAUCCAUCCCACGUUGCCCAAGCGUCGUCAUACGACAAUUGUGGUUGCCACAAUCAGACGGUUGGUGUAACCAAAUAUUGACCCCAAGAUCUGGUCCAGAUUUUGCUAAUCUCUCUCUAAGGUGUUGAAGAAAGAUAAGAUGUUAACAAGAGCCGUGGAAUUAUAAAGACAUCUAUCACAACUUAAGUGGAUGGCUAUCGGUGUCCGGGGAUGUCAGGGCAUGAUUUCACCCGAUGCUUACUCACCUAGCACUCUCUGAACUCGGAUUAAGUUUUAUAGGGUGGGAGGAACUCGUAAAAGAAAGUUUGAGAGUAAAUCACCACCAGCUGUGAAUCUCGCGUUCCGUAAUGGUAGUCCAUGUUUCAAGGUGAUCGACAGUUUAAAAAGUAUUUCACUUUUUUCCCAAUACAACGAAUUCAAACCACUUAAGUAAUUAAAUAGAUUACAGUUUUCGACAUACAUGUUUAAUGGAAUGUAAUUUAAUUCUAUAUUAAACAGUUAAAAGUUAUUUCAUGGUAAUCGAGUUGCUUAUUUUAGGGUUAUAGUAUUUGUCCGUGUCAUCAUUGUUCCAGAAAAUGUAUGUAUUUCUUUAUAUCGUACACAAUAUAAAAUUAUAAUGGGUUGAGGAUAGGGUGGACAAAAUAUUACUCAAGAUAGCGUGGAAAAAACCCACAUUAGGAUUAUUUUCCAGUGGGUUUUUUGUGUUUGUUUUUUCUUUCUUUUUGUUCGUUUAAAGAUAUUCUAGUAAUGUUAAUAUUUGUGCCUGCUGGAUGGUUAAUGAUCUGGUGAGCUCAGUAUAAACCAGUAGACUAAAACUGGUAACCCAUAUUAUGUUUGUUUGUUUCUCGGUCACUCUUUAACAAGGCCUUUGAGAUGUAAUACGGGAAGGGUCUUGUACCACUUUCGGGACACCUGUUCUGCGCUCAGCCAGACAGAACGGAAAGACGUUCGCUAGACUGGUACAUACGCUUCAUCGUUAACCGAAUAAUCAGCAUAGGGAACCAAUCAAAUAGUUCGUGAAAUUUAGCGUCGCUCGCUGUCGCUGAACGCAGGCUGAUUAUGGCGAGAUCAUCACAGAUGAACAGAAUUAGACUCUCUAGUUGGUGAUUACGUAUCAUUCGGCAUAGGUUUAUCGAUAAGAUACACUAGCCACUGCAGAACCUGGAACAUAAACAAUUAUUUUUAGAUGGUUAUAUGCUGUUUUAUUUACGACCACUAAACCAGUGAUACGUGUCAACGCUAAUUUUGGUAAACCAUGGGAUUGCAGUUCAUAUGAAAACUUUUACACAUCAUAACCGAUAAACAUGCUGGUCACAAAAUUAGCCCACUUUACGUAGUCUUGAAAGAGUUAACCCAGUUUACGCAAUUCCAGAGUUUUUUGUUUUCUCUGUCACCAUGUUUGUUAGACAGACUUGUCCCAGAGCUCUAGCAGCAGUCACUUGCGGUUUGCACGACGGCAGAUUUAACCAUUUUCAUUCCUGUAUCUUGACAGGGGAACCAGUCCUCCAAACCCCGAUCAAUAUAGUCGAUAACUGCACCCACAAUUGAUUCUUCCAGAUUCUUCUUCUGACAAAAGGAAGUAGUGUACAGCUGCAACAUUUAAGACAAACCUGAAACCAGUGUGCGCUCUUUAUAUCCAGUUAAUUCCAAGUCGAGAUUAUUUUUAUGAGACUUGAGGGAGGUUAUCAACAAAGUAAGAUAUGGUCCAAACUCAUGUUUUGAUACAUGUAAGAACUCUCAUGUAAAACAAAAUACAAAAACGAAAAUAAAACACCCAAAAAUGUUUCUUCCUUUUUGUCAAAUCCGGAGUAGAUUUAGUAUUGAGUUUGAAACUACGUUUCUGAAUGAAAUUAUUCCCUAAAUUUGUUUCUAUUUGUAUUUGUUACUUUUAUAGCUGCUUAUCUCUUUCGACGUGGUAUGCAUGAUGUCGAUCUAGGGCAGAAAACGCCAGGUCCCCACAUACCAAUAUCUAUUUAAUCCUUUUUCUGUGUUAUUUUGAAUUAUUUUAUUUAAAAUAUAUCCACCCUUGACAAGACAUUCACACCGAGUAGUGUGGCACGAUUUAAUUAUGUUUAGAGCUUGUUCCAGAAAUGAUCACGAGGGAGCAGGGAGUGUUCUUCAAAACGCCUCACAGACUAUAGUAAAACACACAAAUCUAUUGAUUGAAAUUUUUUUAAGGGAACCAAUUAUACUUGAGACCAAAUUUAAUUCAUUGCCAGUGUAGUUAAAUUAUGUCUACAGUGUAAAAUACAAAGAUGUAAUGUUGGAUUGGACGUUAGUACUGUGGGAUUGAGAGCAAAUGAAAUAAACAAAUGUAGUGAUGGAAGGAAAUAAGGGAACAUAACAGUGUGGUAUUUGAGAGCAAAUUUAAUUCACUACUGGUGUAGUUCUAAAAUACAGAGACGUAACGUGGGAUUAAAUGUCAGUGGUGUGGGAUUGACAGCCAGUAACACGGUUAACUUCCUGAUACUGUGGAUGAGGGUUCUGGAUUCAAUCAAUAUUUGCUGUUACUAGUUUUGUGUUUCUUUAUCCCUUGCCAUCAAUACCCACUUACAAAAAGUAUAUUGAAAAAAAACCCCAAAUGUAUUGCGCUUUCUCAGUGGCAAAUGUUGCAUCUACUUCAGAAUUUCAUGCCAAAUAAAAUUAUUUUCAUAACUUUAAACAUACUGAGCAUACCUUUCACAGGGCUCUAACUUAAAAUUUUCGAGUUGUGCAAAUAACAUGCCAAAGAAAUUUUGAUGCGCAUAACGUAAAAUUCAUGACCCAGCAUUAUCGACAGCAAAAGUACUUUACCAUCGUGGACAGAUCCCUGGCUUGAGGGUUACCCGCCCCCUCCUCUCCCUCCUUCUCGACCCCACGUGAUCAUUUGUGGAAGAAUCUUUAAUUCCGACAGGUCUGCUUUAGUAACAGAUGCAAGGAUUGGCCUGAGUGUUCUAUAUUUAUUUUGUUCACUAACAGCGUGCCAGUGCUUCACAAUGAAUGACUCCCACGUUUGACUUCUGUAUUAAUUCAAAUAGCGGGAUAUAGGCUAAUGGUAAAGUGCUCACCUGAGGUGCUAUAGAUCCUAGGAUCGUUGGGGUUUCCUUUACAACCAGUCAUCUACGAUUGGUUCUUUAAAGACUGAUAUGUGCUGUCUUGUCUAUAGCAAAGUGCAUAUAAAAUAGCCCUGCUAUUUAGAUAACAAGUUUCAUUUCACUAAAGACAUAGCUUGAUGAAUCAUGUUAGUUAACUACACACUUUGUUUUCAAACUAAUAAUUAAACCUUUACACGACAGUAUAAUGUUCGAGAUUUUUAUUUAUUAUUUUUGUUAUUAUAUUAUUUUGUUUUAUUUUAAUUUAUUUCGUUUAUUUAUUUUAUUAUUUAGAAGAAAAAAAAACAAGAAAACCUUUUGGGUUAACAACUGGGUUUUUGACUUCUGAAUAAACAAAAUAAAUAUAUAAUAAACAAAACUGUCACCAUAUAUUAACAUAUUUGACAUCACUUCUCUUCCAUAUACCUGGCACUUAAUGCUUUGGCUUGUUUAAUUACCGUGUCCAAAAUUGUAUUCAACAGAUCCUGUUUGACCGUUGACAAAACAAGUUUUGUCACAAAAAAAUAUUAUUUCUGUACACCAUAUUUGUGACUAUUUAUGUACCUUGAAAAAAAAACGUAAUAAAGAAUAGACUGUACAAAUGUUUAUGAUCAGUGAGCAAUUCUUUUUAUACCGUUAUAUUUCUGUCAUGACUUGAGGAUCUCUCUCACCUCAGAAAUGUUAUAUAUAUUUCCGUAUUAUUUGUUUUUUGUUUGACAGCAUUGCUCUACUAUAGACCAUGACAGACGUACAAAUAAAGACAAACGUAUUUA